GAGCAGAGAGCAAGCGCACAGAGUUUGUGUCGUGCGCUGAGGAAAUCUCUAUCGCGAUAUAACGGUGGAAUACAUCAAUGGGAGUUCCAAAACACCUGAUUUUGGAAACGGCGACGAGAGUUUGUCAAAGGCAAAGUUGUACUAACUGCUCUUGGAGUUCACAUUCGCUAAAACGACAGAUGAGUCUCAUCUAGAUGACCUUCCUGUGGUACGGCAUGGAAGACCACACCGGUUGGUCUUUCCUGUAGGAUGGUGGCGCACAGUUCAGUGGAAGGGAAUCAAGGCACAGAAGAACCCCAAGCGAGGACAGAAGCCUCCCCAGAGGUCUCCCAAUCCCAAAGGCCCAGGCCAAGCCAACUGGCAGCGGUUAUCCAGACACAUUUCAGGCCCUUCAACUAUGCCAGGGACUUCAAGACCAUCGCGAAGACCACCUCAAUGCUAGAGGAGAGUGGCUUCUAUUGGGGUCCCAUGACUGUGGAGGAAGCGCAUCAGAAGCUGAAGAAGGAGCCAGUGGGAACUUUCCUGAUCCGGGACAGUCGUCAGAGUGACGUCUUCUUUACACUGAGUUACACAGCACAAAACGGUCCCGUCAGCGUCCGGAUUACCUUCAAGAAUUCCAAAUUCAGUCUGACUGGCAGCAAGCAAUCUUUUGACUGUCUUUUCAAACUGCUGGAGCACUACAUCAGUUCCCCGAAGAAGGGUCUCGUCAGGCCCUACAGGAAAGAACAGGUGCAGUCCCUGCAGCAGCUGUGCCGCAGACGGAUUAUUGAAACAUGCGGCGGAAAAGACAUCGACUGCAUCCCUGUGCACCCGAUCCUCAAAGACUUCCUCCAUGCCUUCCCUCAUCCACUAUGAAGACGAGACUCAUUGCAUUAAAGCGCUGCUGGAAUAUUCUGGAGAUACUUGAUGGACUCCUCGUGGUCCUGCUCUGUUUUAGGACGCAGGAAUCAUACUGUAGCACAUUUUGGAAUAUCAUUCUUGAACACUGCACAAUGAAAGUUUACAUUGUUUGUGAAUGUUUACACUCUAUGGGAAUAUUGUGUUCCUUCGAUUAUAUUUCUGCUAUGCAGAAAGAUUUAUUUCAAGAUAAUACUUUUUAUAAAAAUAAUAAAUAUAUUUGUA